AUGUCAUCCGGACGUCAUGGUCAGGGUCAUGGGAAACGCUCGCACCAUAGCUCCAGCAGCAGAGGAUCUCGUCGAGGAACGCAACAGAGUACUUCCCAGCUCAUCGAAUCUCUAAACACGCACCGCAUCAAUACGCUGACCGAACUCCGCCGCAUUGAGCGCGUUGCUGCUGAGUGUACCGAAGAAGAAGACCAGCAAGCAUUCCAAGGCCCAAUGACUUCCGCCUGGACCUACUACGUGACCUCACACCAAAUGCUGAACGAGCUUCGCAACUUGACCAGAAACUACCCAUUCAGCAGAGAUGCCCUGGAUGAUGCAAAGUGGAGGGUUAGCAAUGAUCCUGAGAGCAACCGCAGCUGGAACUAUGCAUGGCUAGUACUCAUCAAACUCAAGGACGAUCAAAUGAUCGAUUCCUACGCCACCUUAGAAUCGGCAAAACCGGAAAUGUGGGGUGGCCGCAUUCCAGAAGCCGAGGAGGCCCAGCAGCUAGCCGACUGCUUGGCUUGGGAGUGGCACGAGGCGCUCGAACAGAUGCUGCGGCAUUGGGAGAAUCCUCCUACAACUACCGGAUUUUGA